AGUUUUAAACAAGGUUUGUGGCACGUCUGCGUGUUUGGUGUAAAUUACCAACAAAGGCGACCAAUACGCUUUUAUCGAUAAUUGUUUUAACUGUUCGGAGCUCAAAUAACAAAGAGCUGCUUCAAGUCAUGGGCGUAAAUUGAGUUCGUGCAGGGAAACUUUCAUCGAUGAGUACAUUUAUAGAUCAAAACCCGUCGUGUGAUCAUCAGUCGUAUCACUUAUUUAGUCUUAAAAAUCGAAACGUGUACAUUCAGCGCCUUUUCCCACUUUUUUGUCGCUCCUAAAGGUUAAUGUGAUCUCCGACGGUCAUUGAAGGCAGCACCUGCCCACCAGCAGCAGCAGCAGCCAUCCGCAUCAAACAGAUUUCAUUCAGUGAGUGGCCGCUCCGUGGAGAACAACAGGCUACCUCCCCUCUGUCCUGUGUAUGCUGCACAGCUAUGGGACAAAGGAAACAAAAAAAGCCCUUAUGAAUCAAGGAUGCUUUCUAACAAAGAGCCAUAAAAUAUAAAAUAUAAACGUGGGAUCCUUAAUUUGGACAGCAUUUUACAAAAAAAGCAGCACCUUUUGUUAAUGGUUAGUGUUUAAUUUUAAAUCUCAUCUAUUUAUUGUGAACGACUCAAGUGUUAAGUUAAAGAAGGUGAUGUUCUUCGGUUUUCAUUCAUGAGUAUCGAUAGUGACUAGUAGGUGGAGUUUGCCACUAUGUGGAAUAAAACAAGCACAUAACUAGAGGGGUUCAGUCCGCCCCCGGUCCUACUGGCAGGGCAGAGUCUUCUCUUCAGCUCCACUGUGUCCUCAUGUGGCACCAGCUACUGGCUGACUGACCCGGGCCGUUGGAAGCUACAUCUCCAGCUGUGCCAUGACUUCAUCAGACAAUGACGAAACAGGGAGCGACCUGUCUGAGUCUCUGGAGAUCCGUGAGCUCCAGGACCAGUACAUGGAUCCAGAAAACUGCUUCAAGUCCAAAAGCCUACCCAUCCUGAAUGGACCCUGUCGGCAGGAUCGAAAGGCUGUGGAGAGUCCGCUGGUCAACACCACCCACACCUGUGUGGCAGUGCAGGAUAGCAGUGACCUCCGGCCUAAAACCCCAGACUCCAGCCAGGCAGAGUCCCCCUCCUCCAGGACAGACUUCUCCCCCUCCGCCUCCAGCAUGGUGGGGCUGAGCAGCUCUUUACCCGUGGACGGUCACAGGGUCGCUGGCGCUGGGGGUAAAAAACUUGGUUUCUCUCUCACCCGCCUUAUCCGCAUCCCAGCCAGGAAGUAUGUGCGGGUCAUCCUUAGGGACUCUCGCUGCUUCCUGUUCUGCAUGUGCUACCUGACCUUCAUUCAGUCCCUGAUGGUUUCAGGCUACCUGAGCAGCGUCAUCACCACAAUCGAGAAGCGUUACAGCCUGCGCAGCUCUGAGUCCGGCCUGCUGGUCAGCUGCUUCGACAUCGGCAGCUUGCUGGUGGUGGUCUUCAUCUCAUACUUUGGCGGCAGAGGUCAGAGGCCACGCUGGCUUGCCGUGGGUGGUGUGGUCAUCGCCAUAGGGGCAGCGUUGUUUUCCCUGCCGCACUUCAUCUCACCACCCUACCAGAUCCAGGAGAUGAACUCAUCUACGGGCCGCGAAGGCCUCUGUCAGAGUGGCAACGGCAGCGGGCGCGACCCGCUUGAUGUGGCAUCGUGCCCUCGUGACCAGGAGGGCAACGAACACAACCUGUAUGUGACUUUGUUCAUCUGCGCCCAGAUACUGGUAGGCAUGGGGUCAACGCCGAUCUACACCUUGGGGCCCACCUAUCUUGAUGAUAAUGUGAAGAAAGAAAAUGCAUCGCUCUACCUGGCCAUUAUGUAUGUGAUGGGAGCCCUGGGACCUGCAGCUGGCUACCUGCUGGGAGGUGUCCUCAUCGGCUUCUAUGUGGACCCUAAAACUGUCGUCAACAUUGACCAGAGUGACCCUCGCUUUGUUGGCAACUGGUGGAGCGGCUUCCUCUUGUGCGCUAUAGCCAUGCUCCUGGUCAUCUUCCCCAUGUUUGCCUUCCCCAAAAAGCUGCCUCCACGCCACAAGAAGAGGAAGAAGAAAAAGAUCACCUCACCCGGCGAUGUCUCCAGCGACGACGAAGUGAUGAAGGAGAAGUCCAGUAGCAAAGGCCAGAACGUCUCCUCCUCCAUGGGCUUUGGAAAGGACAUCAAAGACCUCCCCAAGGCGGCUCUGAGGAUCCUCAGCAACAUGACCUUCCUGUUUGUCAGCCUGUCCUACACGGCAGAGUGUGCCAUUGUCACCGCCUUCAUCACCUUCAUUCCCAAGUUUAUUGAGUCACAGUUUGGUAUCCCUGCCUCCAAUGCCAGCAUAUACACUGGUGUGAUCAUCGUACCAAGCGCCGGUGUAGGCAUCGUGCUGGGGGGCUACAUCAUCAAGAAGCUGAAGCUCGGUGCCAGAGAGUCAGCCAAGCUGGCAAUGAUCUGCAGCGGGGUGUCUCUGCUCUGCUUCUCCACGCUCUUCAUCGUGGGCUGCGAGAGCAUCAAUUUAGGAGGCAUCAACAUACCCUACACCACUGGUCCGACUCUGACGAUGACCCACAGGAACCUGACGGGCAGUUGCAACGUGAACUGUGGCUGCAGGAUCCACGAGUACGCUCCGGUCUGCGGCUCCGACGGCAUCACCUACUUCAACCCCUGCCUGGCCGGGUGCAGCACUGUGGGCAAUGACAGCACCGGGAUUAGGAACUACACUGACUGCGGCUGCGUGCAGAGCAGGCAGGUCAUCACCCCGUCCUCCGGCGGCCAGGUCAACCAGCUCCAGCUGGUCAUCGUUAAAACCUACCUGAAUGAGAACGGCUACGCCGUGUCGGGGAAGUGCGACCGCACCUGCAACACCCUCAUCCCGUUCCUCAUCUUCCUCUUCAUCGUGACGCUCAUCACCGCCUGUGCCCAGCCCUCCGCCAUCAUCGUCACACUCAGGUCUGUUGAUGAACAGGAGAGGCCUUUUGCUCUCGGGAUGCAGUUCGUCUUGCUCCGAACUCUUGCCUACAUCCCCACGCCCAUCUACUUCGGUGCUGUGAUCGACACCACCUGCAUGCUGUGGCAGCAGGACUGCGGCGUGCACGGCUCCUGCUGGGAGUACGACGUCACCUCGUUCCGCUUCGUGUACUUCGGCCUGGCCGCCAGCCUCAAGUUCGUUGGCUUCAUCUUCAUCUUCCUCACCUGGUACUCGAUCAAGCACAAGGAGCAGCGAGACGAGCGCUGGCGCCAGCACCUGCCUCCGCUGGGCACCGUCAGCGAGCUCAUCUGCCACGCCGGAGGCCAGAAGAGCCACGCACGCACCCGCUCCUGCCCCGUGUUCAUCCCGCCGCGGCCUGACCCGCCCGCCGCCCUGCUGCUCAACCGCGGCCACAGCAGCCUCAGCUGCCCUGGCAAUGCCCUCAAAGCAAUAACCCCGCCCAUCUUGUUGCCGCACCACCACAGAGGCUCCGCCCAUGUCUGAGAGCGCUCCGAGCCUUGAGGCUUCAUCGUGACAUGUGCCUUCCUGUUUGUGUGUCUGCAUUACACCAACGGGACACCAGGCGGGGCUCCACAGCUGCUGCAGGACUGACACAGGUGCGCCCACCAUACCUAAAGGGCUGCUCAUUGUUGUCUCCAGCGACGGGAGACUGACAGAUGUUUUAUUCUGAGCGUAUCAUCAGCUGCAGCCACACACAGCAUCCACGCAAAAGGUCAGACCUCCACGUCAAGGUUGGGCCGAUGUAAAGACAUCACAUGGUGCUACUGUUAAAGGGCAGGGCAUUAAAAUCUCCGUACAGACCGAUGAGUCAUCAUCAACACAGCAUCUAAAGCACAAACCUGUACUAUGCAAGAUCCAAUGUACAGCUUCCUCUGUAUUCUACACCCGUACCUCUUUCUUCUUCUCUGCUCAGUUACCACCACGUUGUCGUCGGUUCAUUUAUUCAUUCAUAAUCCCAUUUCUCCCCACAGUCCGAGCUGUGAACAUAUCAGCGGUCUCUUGUAUUUAAACCACACUGUUCUUCUCGUCCGGUCUUGUUUCAUCUUCACAGUUGACGAAAGUGGGAUUUUCUUUUUUUUUUUUUAAUCCUCUCACCUUUUUGUUUCCUUCCUUUUUCGUAUCAGUGCCUCUCAGGCUGCCUUGGCCAGUCCAGUAUACAGAGCUAGCUACCAGGGUAAAUGCUAGCCACCGAAAAAAGCCAGUCACUGUCUCUCAGCUGAGCGACAAAACUCUUUUUUUUUGCCGUUGGCUUUUGUGUUUGUUGUCACCGAGCUCGAGUGGACAGCGUUUCUCACCUUGGCAAGGUAACCAUGUAGCUUAAAGCUGACGAGCACCAAUGGUACAGCGUUAAGUCUCGUUUCUGAGCGAAUAAUCGAUAACACGUCACACUGCUUUAAUAUUACAGUGUGUAAUGUUGAGCCAAACAGGAGAAAGAAAUAAGAAUGGUAUCUCAUCUCAGACCUUGUGCUGAAGCCACUGUGUGUCCAAAAGAUGUGAUUGUACCGUAAACUGGAAAUAUGAUGGAGAUUCAAGAAACUGUGGCAGAAAUUUGACCCAUUUUUCUUUCUUUCUUUUUUUUUUUUUUACAAAAUAUCCUCAAAGUAAAAUGAUCUGUGUCUAAUCUGUUUUAAAAAACAAAAAAAACAAAAACACAAAUUUAAAAGAUGCAUCAUUUUUGGCUUUGCAUUGUAAUGGCUUCUCCAUUCUAAUGGUCAUCAGAUGUACAUAGUAGUUAUCUAGUAGUCUAGGCUUGAAAAAAUGAAUAAAUAAGUAGUGCGGCAAGCAUGAACCUCCUUUUAUCAGCUAGUCAUCUGACUGAGUGUUCAGUUCUUGGGUGUGUGGGGCCCUCUAGUGGACAAAGAGGUGAUUGUGUGAAGGCCAGUGAAUGUUUGUCAGACCUACUGUACUCUAUCUACUAUGACGUUCUUGGUUAAAAGGUUGAUUAAUAAACUGAGUCACUGCACUGAAGUUAGCUCUCCACGUUUCCCAAAGACUGACCGGAGUGAAACAUGACCUGCGGUCUCGUGUGAUGGAGGCCAGUGUUCUAAAUCAUUCGGUUGGUCUGAUGGUGAACUUGGAACAAAUGGAAACUGUUUGCAUGGGCCUUAACUUUUUUGUUUAACAAUAUUGUUCCUUUACCUCGGGCUCAUGUUAUUGUCUUAAUAGAAUUCACCUGGAAAUCAAAAAUACAUAUUUUCCCUCUCACCUGUUGUUAUUUUGCCAUCCAGAUUAUUUAGAAAGGAGCUGCAGAGUUUUGGAGAUAUCUUACCAUCUCUCGUUCAUGAUCAAACUGAGCACGCGGUGCCAAAAGAAAUUUAAUUUGAAAAACUCAACAGCAGUUUCACGCAGGAACUAUUUUCCUUCCACCAAAGUACAAGUGUGCAUCUGCUCUUGGACAAGAGGGUCAAGCUCACGUUAAUGGCAUCGUCCUAGUUGGCUAGUCUAUGAGAGGAUGCAUGCUUCCUUCUAAGUGCAGACAUUUUGGUGUACUGUAGUUUGGUAGAAAGAAAAAGUUUCUACACGAUGCUGCUCACAAUGUAGUUCCACUUUUUUUUUGUUUUAUCUGUACGGUUGAUGGCUCCAAAAUUCUCCAAAUCCAAAACAAUCUUGAUAAGUUAAUUCCAGGUGACAGUUAUAUUUUUGGGGUUAACUCUCCCUUUAAAGGUGCAAUAUGUAAGAAUUUUAGCAAAUAUUAUCAACAGAAUGUGAAGAAAUAACACGUUUUGACAUAAUGUCUGUAUUGUGUUGCUGAGAUAUCUACUGAUGUUGGCGUGUUAAAGCCCCUGGUGAUCUGAGCGCUCAGUCUGGACCACUAGCUGUAUGGCUAAAUAGCUAAUGGUACAACGGUUAGCUGCUCCUAUUUGUUUUUUGGCCAAUUCUUACAAAUUGCAUCCUUGAGUAUCUUAUGGAUUGACCCUCUUUUAAAUAAGAGACAGUGUUUGCAGAGAAAUAGAACAGGUGCUAAUGCCGCUCUGUUCAAAAACAAAGCUAUGUUCCAUAUUAGUUGUAUUAGGUGGAUAUAAUUAUUCUAAUCUGUGGCACGUUUUGAAAACUGCAUUUUAAAAGUAUUUUUCUUUUCUGAGGAGGUAUAUACUGUAAGUCUAAUAAAGUAAUUGUAUUUUAUAUUUUAAUUUGUUCUACAUACAAGUUUUUUUGGGGGAAAAUAGAGUAUCUGCUGUAGUGAAUCCAUUUGAAAAGUUAACGUUUUUUGGCCAAGAUUCAUCGUAUUCUACCAGGUGAAGUUGAUCGAGUGGUAACAGCAGUGACUAAUUUUUAGUAUUACGUGACUUAGUACCUCAAACAACAUAUUCAUUGAAAGUGAUCAUGUAAAUAUCGUCGAAGCAAAUGAAGCGUAUUAUAGAGCUCACACAUAGUUAGGAGCAUAUUUAUGAACUAACCCAUGACACAGUAGUUGAUAACAAAAAACAUUUAAAGCUACAAAGUAAAAGCGCUGGAUGUGUCUCACGGUGCCUGAACAGUAUUAUUCAUAUGUGAUGUGGGGAGGGAGUCGGGUUAUUACGAUGUUCUUUGUAUUUUUCCUGUAAAGGACGACACAUUGAGUUCUUACAAGCGCUGAAGUAGCAAGAAUGCCCUUCUCUGCAUCUGUAAUGAUUCUCUGGCCUUCCUCUAGUGCACUUCAUCUUAGAAUUAAAUAUUUAUUGUGAAAUUCUAUUCUGAUAAAGUACCAAAUGAACAUGAUUGACAAAAAAAUAAGUGAACCAAUCAAAGCACUGUUUGCAGGGAAGGGUAGAGAAUCACCCAGUAAUGCCACACUGAUCGUUAGAAACAGUUAACACAGGGGUGUCUGUCUUUUCUCCGCUCUUCUGCUGUCCUGAUGUUUGACAGUAGAUUUGCUUUAACACACGUUCCUUUCAUCAGUAUUUGAACUGAAAGAUGUUUUCCUGGACCGAGCAGAAGCUGUAUUCUGAAAGUUGAGCUCUUACCGCUUUUGUUCCUCAGGAGCAGGAGUCCAAUUGUUUGUGAACACUUGGUUUACAAAUGCCUUGAAUACUUGAUAUUUGUCAUUAAAAAAAGCAGAAAAAUC